AUGGAGCCAAGUGUGGAAGCUAAUGGACGCAUUGCAAGGAUCUCAGCUCAUCUGUUUCCACCAAAUCUCCAGAUGGAGGAUGGUUCUGCUUUGAGAAGAGCUGAUUGCAGAGCCAAAGGCGGGGCACCGGGUUUUAACGUGGCGAUUUUGGGUGCUGCCGGAGGCAUUGGCCAACCUCUUGCGAUGCUCAUGAAAAUGAACCCACUGGUUUCAGUUCUUCAUCUCUAUGAUGUUGUUAAUGCCCCGGGUGUCACAGCUGACAUUAGUCACAUGGACACUGGUGCUGUGGUGAGGGGUUUCUUAGGCCAGCCACAGCUUGAGAGUGCUCUCACAGGCAUAGACCUUGUGAUCAUACCUGCCGGUGUUCCAAGGAAGCCAGGAAUGACAAGGGAUGAUCUUUUCAACAUCAAUGCCGGAAUUGUCAGGACCCUCUGUGAGGGAAUUGCAAAGGCCUGCCCUAAGGCAAUUGUCAACUUGAUCAGUAAUCCAGUGAACUCUACAGUUCCUAUAGCAGCUGAGGUUUUCAAGAAGACCGGAACUUAUGACCCAAAGCGACUUCUAGGAGUUACGAUGCUUGAUGUUGUGAGAGCAAAUACUUUCGUUGCCGAAGUUCUGGGACUUGAUCCUAGGGAGGUUGAUGUUCCAGUCGUUGGUGGUCAUGCAGGAGUGACCAUUUUGCCACUUCUGUCACAGGUCAAGCCUCCUUGUUCCUUCUCCAAAGAAGAAACAGAAUAUCUGACAAACCGCAUUCAAAAUGGUGGAACAGAAGUUGUUGAGGCAAAAGCUGGGGCUGGCUCCGCAACAUUGUCAAUGGCAUAUGCAGCUGUGAAGUUUGCGGAUGCAUGCCUUCGUGGCUUGAGAGGAGAUGCUGGCGUUGUUGAAUGUGCUUUUGUUGCUUCUGAGGUUACCGAACUUCCUUUCUUCGCAACCAAGGUACGGCUUGGUCGAAAUGGAGCUGAUGAAAUCUACCAACUUGGGCCUCUGAAUGAGUAUGAGAGGGUUGGUUUAGAGAAGGCGAAAAGGGAGUUAGCAGCAAGCAUCCAGAAGGGGGUUUCUUUCAUCAAAAAGUAA